UCAAGCUCUCUUCGGAUAAUCAAAAGGAUAGGGAAGUUUUUCCUCUGUCUUGUUGCCCAACCAGGUCAUGGAUGUGGAGAAGAUCUUUCACAUGACAGGAGGUGUUGGCAACACUAGCUAUGCCAAGAACUCUUCGCUUCAGAAGAAGGCAUCUGAUAUGGUGAAGAGCAUAACCAUGGAGGCGGUGCAGCAAGUGUACCUGAGUCUCGUGCCAGAGAGCAUUGGGAUAGCCGACCUGGGGUGUUCCUCAGGACCCAACACGCUGUCCAUCAUCAGGGAUGUGAUCGGGGCAGUGGAAGGGACGAGCCAGAGGGUCACGAGCCCAGCCCCAGAGUUCAGGGUCUACCUCAAUGACCUCCCCACCAAUGACUUCAACUCCAUCUUCAAGGCCCUGCCGGAUUUCCACAGAGAGCUCAGGGAGGCAAGGAGGAGAGAGGGCGGGCUUCGUCAUCCUCCUCUGUACAUGGCGGCUCAUCCUGGGUCCUUUUAUGGGAGGCUUUUCCCCAACAAAUGCUUGCACUUCGUCUACUCAUCCUACAGUUUGCACUGGCUCUCAAGGGUCCCUCCAGCACUCUCUGAUGAGAAGAACAGAGGAACGAUCAACAAGGGCAGCAUCUACAUCUCCGAUUCCAGCCCUCCUUGUGUAGCCGAGGCUUACUUGCGGCAGUUCCAAGAGGAUUUCACAUCGUUCCUCCGGUUGAGAUCCCAAGAGCUGGUGUCCGGAGGCAGAAUGGUGCUGAUCUUGCUCGGCAGAAGGGGCGCAGACCAUAUUGAUCGGGGCAACUCUUUCUUCUGGGAGCUCCUCACUAGGAGUCUCUCCAUGUUAGUUGCAAAGGGGGAAGUGAAAGAGGAGAAGCUGGAUUCCUACGAAGUGCACUUCUAUGCACCUUCCCGGGAUGAAAUGGAGCACGAGAUCGAGAGAGAGGGGUCGUUCCGAUUGGACCGCUUCGAGACUUUCGAACUCGAGAGGGAGGAGAAAGACGGGGAGAGCUACGGAACGGCGGUGGCGACCACGGUCAGGGCCAUCCAAGAGUCCAUGAUCUCUCACCACUUUGGUGAAGGAAUUGUGGAUGGCCUGUUUGAGAACUAUGCAAGGAUUUUAGAUGAAGAGGCGGCCAGAGAACAGAUUAGGCCAGUCACUUUCCUUUUGGCUCUCACAAAAUUAUGACUGCAGUGCAGCACCGAGGGCGAACACUUUCGCCUCGAUGAAUCGGAUCAAUUACAGCCAUUGAACGCGUGGUUCCAAUAGGAUUCGGCAUCUGUGAUAAGCAUUUAGUCCAGUCGACCUGGAUCGACCAAUUGUUGUCAGGUAGCAUAAGAGACCCAGAAUCUAGGAACUAGUUUUUGCUUUGUGUUGUACUCACUAUUCAGUGCUUGCGUCAGGAAUUAGGAAUCUCUGGAAGCUCCAAUUUGCGUUUGCAUGAAAUCUCGGUCUGUAUUUUUCUUUA